CUGAAAAAACAAAAUUGUUAAAAUCCAUGAUUAUUGCUGUACUCACUGCCCUACUCCUUUUUAAAAAAAUUUUCAGGUGGGUAUAACCCAUAUAUAGAGAUAAUUGAACAACCCAGGCAAAGGGGAAUGCGCUUUAGAUACAAAUGUGAAGGGCGAUCAGCUGGCAGCAUUCCCGGGGAGCACAGCACAGACAACAACCGAACAUACCCGUCUAUCCAGAUUAUGAACUAUUAUGGAAAAGGAAAAGUGAGAAUUACAUUAGUAACAAAAAAUGACCCAUACAAACCUCAUCCUCAUGAUUUAGUUGGAAAAGACUGCAGAGAUGGUUACUAUGAAGCAGAAUUUGGACAAGAACGCAGACCUUUAUUUUUUCAAAAUUUGGGUAUUCGAUGUGUGAAGAAAAAAGAAGUAAAAGAAGCUAUUAUUUCAAGAAUAAAGGCAGGAAUCAAUCCUUUCAAUGUCCCUGAAAAACAGCUGAUUGAUAUUGAAGAUUGUGACCUCAAUGUGGUGAGACUAUGUUUUCAAGUUUUCCUCCCUGAUGAACUUGGUAAUUUGACAACUGCUCUUCCUCCUGUUGUCUCUAACCCAAUAUAUGACAACCGUGCUCCAAAUACUGCAGAAUUAAGGAUUUGUCGUGUAAACAAGAACUGUGGAAGUGUCAGAGGAGGAGAUGAAAUAUUUCUACUUUGUGACAAAGUUCAGAAAGAUGACAUAGAAGUUCGUUUUGUGUUGAACGAUUGGGAAGCAAAAGGUAUCUUCUCACAAGCUGAUGUACACCGUCAAGUAGCCAUUGUUUUCAAAACUCCACCUUAUUGCAAAGCUAUAAUGGAACCAGUAACAGUAAAAAUGCAGCUGCGGAGACCUUCUGACCAGGAAGUUAGUGAAUCUAUGGAUUUUAGAUAUCUCCCAGAUGAAAAAGAUGCUUAUGGCAAUAAAUCAAAGAAACAAAAGACAACUCUACUUUUUCAAAAACUCUGGCAGGAUUGUGUUAAUUUUCCUGAGAGACCAAGACCUGCCUCCCUAGGAUCAAUUGGAGAAGGAAGAUACAUCAAAAAAGAAUCAAACUUGUUUCCUCAUCGUGAAGUUUUAACAGAAAUGCCCAGGCCUUCAGGAGUUUCAAGUCAAGCAGAACCCUACUAUUCCUCACCUGUGUCCAUCUCAAGUGGAUUUUCGCAUCAUACUCCAGCCAUACACACAGUGGUCCCUCAGCCUUCUUCAAGCUGGUCAUCAGUGGCCCACCCCACCUCACGCUCAAUCAAUUCAAAUACACUGAGUAGUUUUUCAACAGGGACAAUCGCCUCUAAUUCACCAGGUAUUCCACCAUUCCUGGAAAUACCUGGUGUGAGUGAUUUAAAUGCUUCUACUGCUUGCAUUUAUAACAAUGCUGAUGACAUAGGCAGAAUGGAAGCAUCAUCCAUAUCACCUGCUGACUUAUAUAUUUCUGAUGCCAACAUGCUGCCUACUUGCCCUGUGAAUAUGAUGACAACCAGCAAUGAUAGCAUGGGGGAGACUGAUAAUCCAAGACUUGUGAGCAUGAAUCUUGAAAACCCCUCCUGUAAUUCCGUGUUAGAUCCAAGAGACUUGAGACAGCUCCAUCAGAUGUCCUCUUCCAAUAUGUCAGCAGGCACGAGUUCCAGUACUACUGUUUUUGUUUCACAAUUAGAUGCAUUUGAGGGAUCUGACUUCAAUUGUGCAGAUAACAACAUGAUAAGUGAGUCGGGACCGUCAAACAGUACCAAUCCAAACAGUCAGAGUUUUGUUCAAAAUAGUCAGUAUUCAGGUAUUGGCACUAUGCAAAAUGAGCAAUUGAAUGACUCCUUUGCAUGUGAAUUUUUUCAAGUAUAACUUGCAAGAUUAAAUCCUUUCAAGUAUUUGCAGUUAUUUUGAUACUACAUAUAUAGGUGCAACAUUUUACGUUUGAGAAUAGAAUACAAGAGUUUUUUAUUGU